AGGGAGGCGCGGGUGAAGGUUGUGCAAUUUUGAAUUUGAGUUCGGUUUAUUUUAUGAUCUCGUUUGUUUCAACCCUUUUAAUUUUGAAAUAAACCAUUAGUAUUUUGCUAAUUAAUUGCCAAUAGCAAGAAGUCUGUUUAGUUGUAAUUAGAUAGCGCCAAAUUUUUUGUUAUCAACAUGCAAGAAACCGUUACAAACACCAGCGAAAGAAAAUCAUUGUUUUCGUCGUUCCUCGAGGUCCUGGAGGCUCGAGAGAAACAGGCACAGGUCGACAGACAACUCCAGGAGGAGAAGUAUCUCAGGAGAACACAGAGGAUAUACGAUUUCCAUGAACGUCAGCGGCGUGAGGCGGUGGAACUGCGGCGCUGCCUAGACUACGUGUCGCAGCACGCGCACGUGCUGGAGACGGUCCUGCGCGGCGCGGGCGCGGGGACUAGCGACGUGCCGCUCAGCGCCUCGCUCGUGCGCCAGGCGGCCGCGCUGCAGCGCUGCAUGGCGCAGUGCGUCGCCAACGCAUCGCGCAUCAGGCAUCUCCUCGCCGCCACGCAUCGCCCGCAGAUGGACACCAUGCUCGCCAAGAUGGUGAGUACAUACACUAUAGCUCAUAGCACAUGAGUAGGCGUAUUAAGUACCAAAAAUGUAUACCUACUUCCAUGUUCAUAAUGAAGGUUCAGUUAAUCUCGUGCUUUAGAAAUGUAUGUAAAUAUGUACCAAUUUGUAGGUAAGUAGGUACUUGGCAUUCAUGCAAAUGGUCCUGUGACAUAUCUCGAAAAGAAAACGAUAAUGGUUUACAAAACGAAAUAUAUAUAAUAACAGGCGUUUGAGUUCCACAUCUUCGUCAUAGAUACCAAAUACUCAUCAACGUAAGUACGUACGUAAGGACUUGGAGAUCCCGGCUGUACUGUGAGUGUUAUGAAAUCAUACUAUCGCGUGAAAUCCGAGCACUUUACGCAGCUCGUAAAUCAUCGCUAGCACACGCGGUGACGCGACACAGUGCAGCGCCGCGUCGCGUGUCCGAGUGUACGCACGCCGCGCUCCACGGCCCGAGCUUACAAGUUCCAGUUCAACCCCCUGAAUCAUGUUAUACAACGCGCUGUUCCAUCCCGUCGUUGUUUAUUGAUUGUUUCUUUAUGAAAGGAUGUCGAGGGCCAGUAGUUUUAGACCAGAUUUCCUUGAUAUCCGCAAAUGUUAUGAGAAAUCCCACAAAAUAAACACGUGUGUCUAUGUUUAUACAUCGUAUUCAAAGGUUUUGUCUAGUAAUACAUUUAUCACACAAACCAACGAAUCGUACCAGCGACCUUUCUUUCACGGCCGGUUCAUUGUCCGCCGCGCCGCGAAGGUAGCCAUUGUAAAGUAUUAAUUAGCAAGUCGUGAAUGUAUUUAAUCCAGUUGCCAAAUGUG